AUGCCUGGUAAUGUGAUUUUGAGUCAGCUGUAUUUUCCUGGACAUAUUGUGGGGACUUUAGAGGCUCAAAGGCAGAAGAUAUCGAUGUCUUGCUUAUUCCCGAGCAACAUGAACAUGAUACAGAUUCAACUGAAGAACAAGAUUAGCAAGAAGUAUUCUCUGAAGACGCAGUUCUACUGUCAUCAUAACAGUUUUACUACGGAAAUAUCGGUACAAAUAGAUGCACCAACGACGGUUAUUUUUUACCGCAUGUUAGAUAUCAGCUCUGUCAAUAGUCACUUAUUGUAUGACAUACAUCGCGAAAAGGUUACUGAAAGAGGAAUUUUUAUAAAAGAAUUGGCUCGCACUUUGGUGUUGCAAUAUAAUAUCAUAAGAAGAGUUUUGGACGAAAGACUGUCUGCCUGCCUAAUC